AUGAAGAACGCCGAGAUCGUCAAGACACUCUACAACGACCCCACAUCUACGGAGCUCACAUGCACAAUCUGUAACGAAGUCGUCAAGCAAAAGAAAGAGGCCGGCUACAAGAACCUGAUCACACAUCUGAGACGUCAUCACAAUGGCUAG